AUGGGCCAGAGCGGCAUUGGUGAACCGUCAACCCGAAAGCUGCAUCCUUUCUUCACGAAGAGCGCCUCUGGUCUGAUCUCGACCCCUUCAACCUCAAAUUAUAUCACGAACUCAAAACUUGACGGUAGCGACAUUUCCACUCCAGUGCUUGAUACUGGCGACGACGGUUAUGGUGCGAGAAGAAAUAAGCCAGAAAGUUCAUCACCCCCAUGUGCGGCGGAUGCAGGCAUUCGGCACAUCAACUGCGCAGCUAAUGCAUCAGGAGCUGCACUUCCCGGCCCUCUAUUCAACUCUGCUCAACUCUUACCGCCUUCUAAGAUUACGGCGCAGGACACUUUCGUACCAGUCAAAAACAAAUGCGAGCCGCAAUGCCGGCGUAGCCCCGGCGAUGUAACAAACCCCAAGGAUAUCAUGCAGUGCACUCUGAGUACGACCAGCAUGGACCAACCCGAACGAAAUGCGUCAUCCCAGGGCAAGAAGGUGCUAAGAAUAAAUCCUCGAACUGGGACUCUAGGUUCGCCACCCAAGAUGAAACAAAAAUCUAAGCGCUCCCUGGUGGUCUGUAUCAAAUACGGUCGGGAUGAAAAAUCUAGGAGCGAAAUUGGUGACAAGGUCACUCGGAUUUUGGACGGCAGCCUACACCUUCCGAAGACACCGACAAAGCAGCGUCCAAGCAAGAGUUCAACCAGAACUAGUGAUAUUCUGGGCAAAUCUCCCACAUUCACCAAAGGGACUCACCCCUUCUUCUCUGGCAAACCCAAACCUCGUUCCUCAACACCGACCCCAUCAACGAAUUCGGCGACAAGAUCGCCAGCUCAAAUAGUCUCGGUAUUCAUGUCAACACCCGUGUCUCCAAGGAGAUGCGCCAACCCAUUCUCAUCUGCAAAUGCCGCGACAGUGCCACGGUUUGGUACUAGGCCUGGAGGUACCAAAAUACCUGGCGCCAAGUAUCCGAUAUGGCCAGCGCAGGGCAUGUCCCAUGUUCGAGGGAAUAGCUCCAGCACACUUGGUAGCACAGAACGUAAGAUCGACACCAACGGACGAUACAAGAAAUCCAAAGGACAGGUCACGACCAUUGGUCCAAACGAAUCCGUGCUGGUCGCUGUUUUCGAUAGAUUAGAUGUCGAUGGAUUGCGCCGUAGCUUGCCGCAAGACAACGACUCUUUUAGCCCUGCCCCUUCGGAGCUCCGCAUCCCACAAAAGCGAUGUGAGAGCGGUUUGAAAUUACAACGUCGAAUACGGUCUCAACUCACAAUCACCUCGCCACUGGCAUUGGCAGGUGUAGAAGAUCCGAGUUUCGACGAACUUGCUGGGCCAGCGCCUCCGUUAGCUCACCCAGCCAUCAGGCGCCACUACAAUUCCCUACAGACACAACUGUCGGCAUAUGACAGGUCUACCUGUGAGGGAUCCUCCUGGAAUCAAAAGUACGCACCAGUCUCAGCAUCGCAAGUCCUUCAGAAGACCAAGGAUGCCCUUCACGUGAAACAGUGGCUGGAAGGAAUGAAGGUUCAAUCGGUCGAAACUGGUAGUGGUGACGCGACGGGGGAAAAGGGUAGAUCAAAAGCCGAGUCACUGCCGAAGAAAAAAAGGAGGAAGAAUAAGGUGGACGAAUUCAUUGUCGACACUGACGAGGAACAGAGUGGCCUGGAAGAGAUAUCUGGCAGCGACGGAGAAGAGAAUGACAACCCCGGGGGGUCUCUAAGAUCUGUCGUUAGAGGCGGCGGUGCAGAGUUCAAGGACCCGGGACGACUGAGAAAUAGCAUUGUCAUCAGUGGCCCACACGGCUGUGGCAAGACGGCUGCUGUGUACGCGAUUGCAAAAGAGCUUGACUUUGAAGUAUUUGAGCUGAACUCAGGCACCCGGCGAAGUGGCAAGGAUGUUGUCGAAAGGGUUGGCGACAUGACGCGAAAUCACUUGGUUCAACAGCACCGAAUUCAGCAGCCAUCAGUGGACGGGGGCCCGAAUCAAGGCGGCAAGGAGUCGACAAAAUCUGGCAAACAAGGCAUGAUGACGGCAUUCUUCAAAGCAAAGGUUGCGUCUGAAACGAAGGCAAGGCCAAAGCAACCAGCGGGCAGUCAAACUCAAAAGCAUACUCCGAAGGCUCAAAAACAGUCGCUUAUUCUGAUUGAAGAAGCGGAUAUAUUAUAUGAAGAAGACAAGCAAUUUUGGACAGUAUUGAUGGGCAUGAUGAAUCAGUCCCGGCGGCCGUUCGUUAUCACGUGCAAUGAUGAGAGCUUAGUCCCGCUCCAGAGCCUAGACCUUCAUGGUAUCUUUCGAUUUUCCCCAAUACCAGAGCCUCUUGCCGCGGAUCUGUGUCUGCUCAUCGCGGCAAAUGAAGGACAUCGUCUCCAGAGAUGCGCCGUUGAGUCCUUGUAUCGAGCGCGCGAUCGCGACCUGCGAGCCACCAUUUCGGAACUCAACUUCUGGUGCCAAACUGGAGUGGGUGAUCGCAGGGGAGGCUCCGACUGGUUUUACGCCCGAUGGCCUAAAGGCUGCGACUUGGACGAUCGCGGUGAUGUCGUUCGAGUUAUCAGUGAAGACACAUACCAGGACGGUAUGGGAUGGAUCGGACGGGACGCCAUCAUAUCCGAGAGCGACAAGUCGGCCAGAGAAAUUGAGGCCUUGCAGCAGUCGUGGAACUUCUGGCAAGUGGACGUGGGCGACUGGUGUGAAGCAAACGGGCCAAGGUCAGCAGUGAAAGCGGCCUGGGACUCGGUCGAGACUGCCGGUGAGGGAGCCAUCGCGUUUGAGGCCUUGGACGAAUUCUAUCAGACGAUGAGCGACGCGGACGUCUGUUCUGCGGGUGUGUGCGCGACCUGGCUGCAGGAUCGUGUUGAUCCUUCGCUUCCCGGCCUUGGCAGCAAGGCGAGGGACGACUUCAUAAUCGGGCGUACCUUGCUUGAAGCAGACAGCUACACGCAUCCAGUCAUGCCCAGCCAAACGAUUGCCAUGGCUCUGCGAUCACAUGCUCGCGCGCAGUUGCGUUGGAGACUGCACGGCAUCCGACCACCAUCCCCAGACGAGACCGGGUUGUGUGCAAUUGACGAGCGCACCGCCGUUUCGAGGCUCGAGUCAUCAUUCCACGACACUCGCAGGACCAUGAAGCGGAUGGACUUGGCCCACGCGUUCGAUCCAAUUGCCGUGGCGCCCAAAAUGCAACCAAGUUCGCACCUCGACCCGUCCGUCUUUGACCGCACGACGCAGCUGAUUGUUCUGGACGUGGCCCCCUGGAUCCGCGGCAUCGUGGCCUUUGAGAAUCAGCUCAUGCAAGCAAGACUCAAGCUAAGCCGUAUUCUGAGUGACGGCGGAGCAAGGAAGCGCAUGCGCAAUACGAGAAGUGCGUAUUCAGCACUCGAGGGUGGGGAACGCAGGAGCACGCGACGGGAACAGUACUUUGGCGACUGUCUUUCGACCGACCUGGUGAUGCGCACUGGGGGUCAUGAUUGGCAGGGGGCGGUGGCGGAAACCGCAAAGGGCGGUGUUUCUGGAGCAGAGAUGCCAAAUUGUCAACAGGUGAUUGCUUCACCACCGGAAGAGAUGGUAUUGUAA